AUGCUCCAUUCAACGUUGGCCUUGUCUCUCCUGCUAAUCGCAGUCUCUUCCAACCUUGCGAUGGCAAUCAAAAAGGAAAAACGAGCACCUCAGACACUGUCAAGAGGGUGGGGAGAUGAAAUUACCUGGGUACAAACUUACGAAGAAGGGCUUUAUCAAGCAAAAAAAAGUAACAAGCCACUGAUGGUAAUUCAUCAUUUGGAAGACUGUCAAUACUGCCAAGCACUGAAGAAAGCUUUUGCAGAAAAUGAAGAGAUACAGGAAAUGGCCCAAAAUAACUUCGUUAUGCUGAAUCUCAUGCAUGAAACCACAGAUAAAAACUUGUCACCUGAUGGACAAUACGUGCCACGAAUCAUGUUUGUAGACCCAUCUCUCACAGUCAGAGCUGAUAUCACAGGAAGAUACUCCAACCGGCUUUACACUUACGAACCACAAGACAUACCAUUCUUAAUAGAGAACAUGAAGAAAGCACUACGACUCAUUCAGACAGAACUGUAACCAGCAGCAGUGAAAUAACCAUAGCCUCUGCGAGGUGAAGCUGCAUUAGGAAACGUAAAAAUUUAAAAUAUUUU